AUGACGAAGAUAUUUACUUUCCUUUCGGUUUUUGCUGCUUUCCAAACCAUUCUUUCGUUGCCUCUCAAUGAACCGGAUGCUCUGUACCAGAAUGAACUGCAGUAUCGGUUCAAAUUGCGCAGCGCGCAACCGUUAUCGGAGACUAAGCUCAGGGAACCGCUGGCAGAGUCGGAAUCUCAUUCAAUCCCUCCGCUUCUGCAUGACACCCCGAGAAGAACGAGAAAAACCACAUUCGUCUCUUCUGUACCAACAUGGUCGUCGACUGGUUAUAUCGCCAUCUAUGAAAGACAUGGUCUUCAGCGACUAGUAGGCUAUGUCGAUGGCCACAAGGUCAUACAUGAAAAAGAAGCAGCCCCACGGUACAUCUAUCGUGCGUACGGGUACGGGGGAGACGUCUAUGACCCGAACAAAGAUGAAAAGAUGUGCAUCACUGCGGGUUUUUUUGGUCAAUCUCUCAGGCCUGGAUUAAAGAACUUUCACCUUGCUCGGACCACACAAAUAACCGCCUACCCUGGGAACACGCUAACUUUUGAUACGAAUACAGGAACGUACAUCGAGACGAACGUUUUCUUCCUGGAUCCUUUGACCUACGAACUGUCUGCCGAGUGGACGAAUUCUGAUGGAAGUCAUCCUAUGACGUAUAUUUUCGUUCAUGAUGAACGGAUUUACUAUACAGGUGACAUCCAUGCUGUCCAGCAAUCUCUGUAUAUAGAUAUGACAAGAGUGGUCUUCAAAUGGAUAGAAACUAACAGAUAA